AUGACCGACUCCUUCUUAACGGAGGGGCAAGAGCGCGAGUUGGCAAUCUUUGACGAGGGGACGUGCCUGGGACUGGCCUCGGCUUCGUUGUUGCUCCAAAAUGGCACCUUUUCUUGGAACCAAUCCUACGCACAAAACGCCGAGAUGACCCAGCAACACAGCCUGGGGAACCUCACAGAGUGGAACGGGACGGAGAUCUUCCAGGACGUCAUCGACUGCACCGUCGCCUCUUGCUCGCAAAAUAAUAUAUCGACCUGUCCCGAGCAGACGCGCCACCUGGACGGCAUGUUGUUCGCUGUUGACGACAUUGACACCGUUUUCAAGAGCUUGGAGAGCUUUUGCGAUGAGGUCGGCCUGCAGGUCAAUUCGGACAUUGCCGGUCCGGGCGUCAUGACCUCGUACAUUCUCCAGAUCAGCGCCGCCCUGUUGUUCUGGCUCGUCGUCAAGGUGCUCACCUCGUGGCCGCGCGUGUUUGCCUGGCCCAUUUUCCUGUGCACGAGGGAAAAGAGGCCCGAUCCCGGGUUCGACCCGAACCUGUCGUGCGCACCCUACGACGAGAAGCCUGGGCGGAGGAAGUCGGCAUGGCGACGAGCCAACGCCAUGCAGCGCCGCCUGCGCCGCCUCCGGCUCCAUGCGGCGACGGUGUCCACGUUGGUGGAGUUCCAGGAGGUGCAGGCGUUCUUUGUUGGCGCCAUCCAGAUCGCCACGCUGGCGACGUUCAAGCCCGGCGGGUCGUCACAGUCAGACGCGCACUCUAUCACCUCUUUCGGCGAGGCCAUCCUGGACAGCCAGCUGGUGCAGGUACUGGCCAUCAACGGCAUCCUGCCCAUCCUGUUGGUGCAGUACAUUUUGCAGACGUACGACAAGCGUUGGUGGUACUCGUUCGCCCUGCUCUGGGUCACCUUUGUCCUCGCGCUGGCGGUGCAGGCGAGGCGGAACUCGCUCAUCUCGAGUUUUGAUGUGCUCUGGGACGUGCUGAAGUCUGAGAGCCCUGUUGAUGAGUGCGGGGGGAACGCCAACCCGAUGGUGUACUGCAAUACAUACUUGUCCCCUGCCGAGAGUAUCGGUGGAGAGAUCUUUGUGACGUAUUGCGGGAUGAUCAUGCUGAGCAUUGAUUUCAUGAUACCGAGACUGCUAAAUUGGUCUUUCCUCAAGAUCAUCAUCGCUCGGGUGCGAGCUAUGGAGUACGAACAAAAGAGUCCCGGCGUGCGGAUCGUGAAGAAGAUAUGCCGGCGCACUGUCUGGUUUCUAUGGUCUCUGCUGGAGUAUGUCCUGGCUGGGACAAUGUGUUACUAUUUGAUGAAUCUGCUCAUGAUUGCUUUCUCCAUGACGGGUGGGUCAAAUACUUGGGGUUCGUGGUCUUUUGGGCAGCUGGUUUCAGUCAUGGUCUGGGUGCCCCUUCUUUUCAAAUUCAUCUACUACAAUGUCUUUGGAAUCGAAGAAGGCGUCGGCAGCCGCCUGACGAAAGAAUUCCGGGUCGUCCAUGACGAAGAGCUCGACACCGAGGACAGCGGGUAUGCGAAUAUCGAGAUUGACGAGUUUCAGCAGCUUCAAGACCCGACGUCAUCUAGGAGAGACAACGACAGGUCUGCCGAAAGCGCAGUGUCGACCCCGGGUCUGAGUCAUCAUGGUAGUUUGGACUCGCUCGUGGCGAACGCGCCGAGGGCGUAUCAUCUAGAUCACAAGUCGUCAAGUCGAUAUCUUUUGGGAGGCGGUAACUAA